AUGGAUCAGUUGCCCAUGCCAACGGUGCGUUAUAUGGACGCACAAGGACAAUUUACGCAGAUAUUACACAUUGGAGAGUCAGCACGAUCGAUUUUCUUGCUGGAUAAGGCCUCUGAGCAGCGUCUUCGACUUGUAAUUGCACUCAAAGAGGCUCCACGAUCGGCAGCCACGUGGCUCGAGCUUUUACGCUGCCCAUUGGGUGGAAAUCCAGGAAUAUACAGUAAGUUACGACUAUUGAAACGUGCGCUAACGUGCAUUGACGUGGAGAUAGCACGAGAUGCGGCAGAGUACACGGAGAUCUGUAUUAUGCUGACCAAAUUGAGCGAUAGUGAGAAAGGGGUGAGACAGAACUUUCAGGAGAUGAAGAAACGACGAGUAGGUGAGAAGCAGCCGUUGCGGUAUGAGGAAGAGGCUGCGUUUGAGUAUGAAGCUGGAAAUAAGGAAGUAGCCAAAGAGAUUUUGGAGCUCGGAGUAGACAAUACCGCUCUAACACCGAUACAAAAGGAAAAGCUACUGAACCGGGUGAUUACAGGGAGAGCAGGAUAUCCACCAGUGUCAGUAUCUACCCUUCGUCGGGUGCUCAACAACCUUGCAUACAGUGUGCUUCGUAUUGACCGCGUUGCUACUCUUCAAUUUACUAUCGUCAAGAAUGCGCUGCAGGCAUUCCUACUCUCGGUCGCACAGCUACAGCAACGCUUUGACAGAAUGUAG